AUGGCCGUGGGCGGCUGUGCUUAUACUCCGGCAGGGUUUCGCGGCAACUACACGACGCUGCUCGUCGAUCAGUCCGGGUGGGGCGGCCACCAAACUAUCCAAUCCGCCAUUGAUUCCGUGCCUCCGUUCAACCAGAACUGGAUCUGUAUUUACGUCAGAGCUGGAACUUACAUGGAGAAGGUGACAAUUCCACCAGAGAAGUCUUAUAUUUAUCUUAAAGGAGAUGGGAAAAGAAGAACGUAUAUCAUAUGGGAUGGUCACGACAAUAUUCAAACAGCCACGUUUUCAACCUAUGCUGAUAAUAUAAUCGUCAAAAGCAUGACCUUCGUAAACUCUUACAAUUUUCCACCGGAAAUCACUACAAAUCCAAGAAGGGUGGCCGUGGCGGCUCUGGUAAUGGGCGAUAACACCGCCUUUUAUCGGUGCGGUUUUAAGAGUUGGCAAGACACAUUGUGGGAUGUUCAAGGUCAUCACUAUUUCAAACGUUGCACCAUUAAUGGAGCUGUUGAUUUCAUCUUUGGUAAUGGUCAAUCAAUCUACGAGAAAUGUUCUAUAGCAGUGAAUGCAGGAAGCCUAGAUCCCGGACUAGUAGGGUUCAUCACAGCACAGGGGAGGGAUAAUCCUGAUGACAACAGUGCUUUUGUUUUCAAGAAUUGUCGUGUGUUUGGGACGGGAAAAACCUUUUUGGGUCGACCUUGGAGAGCCUAUGCCAGAGUUAUCUUCUACAACACUUUCAUGGAUAACGUUGUUGUCCCCGAAGGAUGGACCAAUUUCUUUGGCGACAACGGUGCGGGUAAGUUGAGCUUUGCGGAGUAUGGGUGUCGUGGGCCCGGGUCGGACAAGUCAGCACGAGUUGGGUGGCUAACCAAAAUGGGCAGAGGAGAAUUGGAGAGAUUCACGAGCUUAUCAUUCGUCGAUAACCAAGGAUGGCUUAGUAGGCAACCCCUUCACAGGCUUUUGGAAUAA